UGGCCUGUGGGCGCGGUUUCCGCGUGUUUGGGCGGGAGGAGCUUUAGAAAACAGGAAAUGUCAUCGACAAAAGUGAAAGUUGUGAGCGCGACGAGGCUAUUAAAGUUCGGAGAACUGGCCACAUGACGUCUUCUACCAUGGUGCGGAACAGAGAUGGCGUUAAAGGAAGCGACUGGUAGACACGGGGCCAAAGAUGCAGGGGGCCAUCGCGCGCGUGUGCGUGGUGGUCGCCGCCGCCAUCUUGAACCACCCCUUGCUGUUUCCCCAAGAGAACGCCACCUCCGCGGUGGAGCAGGACGCGGAGCUGAUGGCGCGCAUGCGGCAGCACGAGGAGAGGCUGGCGAGGGAACGGGCCAAGAUGGAGGAGGCUCUCUCGCAGCCGGAGGAAGGCGCCUGGGAGGAGGCGUACAGCUGGUACGUAUGGAGCGCCCUGUCCUUCGCCGUCUUCCUCGCCGUGGAGAUGUGCAGGGCGGACGCGGCCGACUGGAACGGCGGGGGUGUGGACGACGAGCUGCCUGAGAGUGGCUGCGUGGACGCCACCUCCAUGGCGCUGGAUAAAGACGUCCUCGCCAACUUCUGUGACAAAAGCACGUACGGCCACGCCCACGACACCGGGAGGGCCAGGGAGUUUGCGGAGGGUUUUGUGGACGACCUCCUGGAGUCUCUGAGGAGCGUCUGUGACCGGGAGGCGGACAUGGAAGUGGAGGACUUUGUCGGGAUGGGAAGCAUGUUCGAGUCCUGGCAGAUGUGCAAGCCCCCGGUGUGCGACUUCAUCGUGCCCUUCUCGCCCCCCGACCCGCUGGCCUUCCAGGUCAGCUUGUGGUGUGACCCGUCCAGCGACGUGCCGCCCGACAGGCGGGGGUGCGGCACCAUCCGGGUGAGCCGGCCCGGGGACCCCGAGGGCGGGUGCUUGUGUGGUUCUGCCAACAUGGGCGAGGACAUGCUGUGUCUGCUGCACGCCAACCAGCUGCACGCCUACCUGGACCCCAGAGGAAGCUCUCUCCUGGCCAAAGGUGGAGUCAUGGCGUGGUUCCAGGUGGCCCUCACCAAAGCGUGGGGGCGCAUCUCCCACAAAUAUGACUUUGAGGUCACCUUCCGCAGCCUGGACACGGCGGGCGCCUUGAAGAUCCGAUUCCCUUCCGGGAAAGCCAUGAUGGUGAACAUCAUCCCCGCGGUCCAGCUGGCGGACACCGACGCCUACUUGGUCUCGCACUUCCCGUCGGACUGCGGCGGACCUCCAGACCCGUUCUGGCCUCUCUCGCUGGCCGUCUACGAGAGGAAUCUCCUCAAGCACCUGGCCAGGCCGCUCCCACAGCCCUCCUGCCACCUGCACUGCCUGCAGGUGGUCACCUUCCUGCACAGGAAGCAGACGGCGCUGACAGGCGGGAACGCUCUGCUGGACUACCACUGGAAGACGGUGGUGUUGCACCUGCUGCUGCUCCACCCGCCGCCCGCCUGGGCCGCCGACAGGACGGAGUGCAGACUGAGGGACAUACUGGGCUUCAUGCACAGGAGCCUCCGGGAGAAGAGACUCCAUCACGUCCUGAUCGGGAACCACAGAGUCCCGGGAGAGCUGCGGCUGCCGGAGACCAUCCGCAGAGCGGAGCCCGUCAACCUGUUCCGGAGUUUGGUGCUGAGGAGGGACCAGUACGCCAACACUGUGCGCCACCUCCAGGAGAUGAUGAGGAAUGCGGCCAUGUUGUUACAAGAGUACACGCCGCUCUUGUCUAAUAGAGGCUUUCAUUACUAGAAGUAUUCUAUUUAUAUAUCAUUACUAGAAGUAUUCUAUUUAUAUAUCAUUACUAGAAGUAUUGUAUAUAUAUAUAUGUAUAUAUAUAUAUAAUACAUAUAAUUACUAGAAGUAUUGUAGUGCACUUGUUGUGGACCAAACAAGACUGUAAUCCAUACUUGCCAACCUUGAGACC